AUGAACAACUCAUCAGCCUUAGCGUCCAGUGGUAUUAAUAAUUACCGUGUGGUCAACUUAGGAGCCAAACCAGAUGGCAAGACUGACUCAACCAAAGCCUUCCUUUCUGCAUGGGACAAAGCUUGUGCCUCCGUGAAGCCAGCUGUCAUUCACGUCCCGCGCGGGACGUUCUUGCUAGGCAAUGCCAUCUUCAAAGGGCCAUGCAACAACCAGGCCACCACCUUUCGCAUCGCCGAAGGCACCCUCGUUGCCCCAUCCGAUUACCGGGUCCUUGGAAAUGCUGGUAACUGGCUUUCGUUUCAGGAUGUGCACGGCCUCAACAUAUCUAGCUCUCACGGAAUUCUUGAUGGCCAAGGCACUGGUUUGUGGGAUUGCAAGGCCUCACCACUAGGCAAGAGUAAUUGCCCUACCGGAGCAAUCUCACUGGGUUUCUUCAACUCGAGCAACAUUGUGGUGAGUGGAUUGAUAUCACGAAACAGCCAAAUGGUCCACAUAAUCAUCAAAGGUUGUCACAAUGUGAAUAUGCUUGGAAUUAGGGUUUCUGCAUCUGAAAAAAGCCCCAACACCGAUGGCAUCCACAUUCAAAUGUCAUCAGACAUCACCAUUUUCAACUCUAAUUUUUCAACCGGUGAUGAUUGUAUCUCAAUUGGCCCUGGCACCUUUAACUUGUGGAUCGAAAAGGUUACUUGUGGACCCGGCCAUGGAAUUAGCGUUGGAAGUCUAGGGUGGGAGAUGCAAGAGCCCGGUGUGCAAAAUGUAACAGUUAAAACUGCUACUUUUAAGAAUACCUUGAAUGGUGUCAGGAUUAAAUCUUGGAGUAGACCUAGCACUGGAUUUGCUAGGCACAUUCUCUUCCAACAUGCCGUAAUGGUCAAUGUCAAAAAUCCCAUCAUUAUUGAUCAAAACUACUGCCCUAACAACAAAGACUGCCCUCGUCAGGUUUCUGGAAUCGAAAUUACCGACGUGACGUAUGAAGACAUCCACGGUACAUCAGCAACUGAAGUUGCAGUGAAUUUCGAUUGUAGUUCCAAGAAUCCUUGUACGGGGAUUAGAUUGGAGGAUGUGAAGCUCACUUACAAGAACCAACCAUCUGAAGCUUCAUGUAGCCAUGCAGAUGGAACAGCUGCAGGUACAGUUCAGCCUACAAGUUGUUUGUAG